CCAUAAUGACUUAAACUUGGAAUUGAGUUUGACAUGAUUAUGUGUAUUGGUAUGUUGGAUGAAAUUAUCUGCAUCAUGGUUUUCAAAAUUGAGUUUUGAACUUCUAUGUUUUCAAGUAAUUAUUUUGGAAAAUUUUUUUUUUAACCAAGUGAGAAAUUUGGUGAGGAAUGAAUUUUGUGUGGAUCAAUCUAAGGCCAAUAUUUCCUUGUAGCUCGCACGGAAGUUGUCAUAAUGUUCCUACUGACCAGUCGAGAGGAGUGGGGGCGGUUGAUGCAAGACCGCCAGUAUUAGAUUAUGCAAAGAUGAAGAGUUUGGGUGGUAGGGACUUUAAGGGAGAUGUGAGCCCAGAUGCUGUAGUAGAGUGGUUGAGAGAGAUGGAAGAUGUGUUUGAGUAUCUUUAUGCAACCCCAGAGGAAAAAGUGCAAUAUGUUGUUUUUCUCCUAAAGGGGUAUGCGAGGAGCUGGUGGUCCUCAGUCUCUAGAGUUAAUGGUGAACGAGUUCAGUUCACCUGGGAGGAGUUUCUGAAGGCCUUUAAGACAGAGUUUCUUCCCGAAGCUUUUAUUAGGGCAAAGAACAAUGAAUUUGCCAACCUUAAGCAGGAGAAUAUGACAGUUACUGAGUACACCAUCAAGUUUGUUCGACUGCUUUACUUUGAGGAUGGGUUGGCGGAUACUGAGCAUAAGAAGAAGAUGAGAUACUUGCAUGGUCUGCGCAUAGGGUUGAAAGAAAAGGUCCACUGGGUUGAUGAAGAGAGUAUGGCCACAAUCAAGGAGGCAGCACUUAAGUAUGAAGCCUAUGAAGUUGAGAGCCGAGAGGAACACAAGGCCAAAGAAGAGGAGAAGAAGAGGAAGUUUGGAGUAAAUUAUGCUGGACCUCGUUACCCACCCAGGAGAGGUCCUAGCAGUUUUGGGAGAAAAUCGAGUCAAUCUAUGUCGGGAACAUCAUACAGGGCACAAAUUUCCUCAGCCACACAAUUUCCAUUUUGUCAAGUUUGUCAGAAGAGGCAUCUUGGAGAGUGUAGGAGAUUUUCUGGUGUAUGCUUUCACUGUGGCCAACCUGGGCACAUCAUGAGGGACUGUCCGCAUUCGAGAGAAGUAAGAGCUACACAGUCCGAGCCUUCAGUGCAAAUAAGUAGAGCCCCAUUCAGGGGUGGUUACCAGGGAGUCCGUAGUGGAUGUCAGAGUGGUCAUGGUGGUUCACAGGGUGGUAGAGGUGGUGGUCGAAAUCAACCAUCAGGAAGUGGUACGCAGGGUACCAGAGCACAGGGAGCACCAAGGGUUUAUGCAAUGACUCGAGGUGAGGCAGAAGUGGCACCAGAAGUUGUGACUGGUAUGCUCUCUAUCCUUGGCAAGCAAUUAUAUGCUUUGAUCGAUACUGGUUCCUCUCACUCAUUCAUGUCAUAUACGUUUGCACAUAUGCUACGCUUAUGGUCUUCAACUAUUCUGUGCUUGGACUACUAAUCGGGAUUUUGGCCAGUGAUCCACACCUUUUUGUAAAAAAUGUUUUCAGAACGU